AUGUACGAGGAGAACCGAGCAGGUGCCGGGCGCAACGGCUACACCAAAGCAGUGGAUGGAGAGGAGGGGGGAGGAGAGGGGGAGAAGGAGGAGGAGGGAGGAGAGGUGGAUGGAGAAGGAGGAGAAGGCGAGGAGAGGGAUGGAGAUUGGGACGAAGAGCUGGACGGAGAAAACGAGGGAGGUGUGAGGAUGACAAGAACCGACACGCUGCACUCGACCACAAGUUCGACUGGAACGCAGAGGAGGAGAGGACUACACGCUAAGAAACAGGUGCAGGGCAGUAAUCAGGUCCAACGAGCUCCUCGAGCUUUAUAUUGUCUGAAACUGAACAAUCCAAUCAGACGAGCCGCUCUCUCUAUCGUCGAGUGGAAACCCUUUGAUAUCUUCAUCCUGUUAGCCAUCUUUGCUAACUGUGUCGCUCUGGGAGUUUCCAAACCGUUUCCUGAGGACGACUCCAACUCCACCAACCACGACUUGGAACAAGUGGAGUACGUCUUCCUCAUCAUCUUCACCAUUGAGACCUUCCUGAAGAUCCUGGCCUACGGUCUGGUGAUGCACCCGAGCUCCUACAUCCGCAACGGAUGGAACCUGCUGGACUUCGUCAUCGUCAUCGUCGGAUUGUUCAGCGUCGUCCUGGAGACGAUGACUCAUAAGUCUGGCGAGCAGGCGACCACUCACCACGUCCCGGGGAAACCUGGAGGUCUGGAUGUCAAAGCUCUGAGAGCCUUCAGGGUCCUGAGGCCCCUGAGGCUGGUGUCCGGAGUCCCCAGUCUGCAGAUCGUGUUGAACUCCAUCAUGAAGGCGAUGGUUCCUCUGCUUCACAUCGCUCUGCUGGUUCUCUUCGUCAUCAUCAUCUACGCCAUCAUUGGCCUGGAGCUCUUCAUCGGACGCAUGCAUCGGACCUGCUACUACAUGGGAGCAGACACCUACGUGGAGGACGACCCGGUGCCGUGUGCGUUUGCCGGUCACGGCCGUCAGUGCAGCGUUAACGGCACCGAGUGUCGAGGGAGGUGGGACGGUCCCAACGGAGGAAUCACCAACUUCGACAACUUCUUCUUUGCCAUGUUGACCGUGUUCCAGUGCAUCACUAUGGAGGGGUGGACCGACGUGCUGUACUGGAUGAACGACGCCAUCGGCUUCGAGCUGCCCUGGGUCUAUUUUGUCAGUCUGGUGAUUUUCGGCUCGUUCUUCGUUCUCAACCUGGUGCUGGGAGUCCUCAGCGGAGAGUUCAGUAAAGAGAGGGAGAAGGCGAAGGCGCGGGGGGAUUUUCAGAAGCUGCGCGAGAAGCAGCAGAUGGAAGAAGACCUGUGUGGAUACAUGGACUGGAUCACUCAGGCUGAGGACAUGGACGACCUGGACGAGGACGGGAACCCACGUCCGUCUCUGGGCGACCUGUCCGACAAGAAGAGAGGGAAGUUUGGAUGGUUCAGUCACUCCAAUGACACACACGCAAGUCUUCCUGCCAGUGAAACAGGGUCUGAAAACACUGAAAACAUUGAUGAGGAGCACACCAACUGCUGCCAGGCCUGCUGCUCCCAGGUGAUGAAGAUCAGCUGCUGUCGGACGUUGCGUCGCUGGAAUCGUGUUUGUCGCAGAAACUGUCGCACUGCUGUCAAAUCAGUGACUUUCUAUUGGCUGGUUCUGCUGCUCGUCUUCCUCAACACCUCCCUCAGCGCGUCCGAGCACUACAACCAACCCGACUGGCUGACGGAAGUCCAGGACAUUGCCAACAAGGUGCUGCUGUCCCUGUUCACGUGUGAGAUGCUGUUGAAGAUGUACAGUCUGGGUCUGGCUCAUUACUUCGUGGCGUUCUUCAACCGGUUCGACUGCUUCGUGGUGUGCGGCGGCAUCGUGGAGACCAUCCUGGUGGAGAUGGGCAUCAUGCCUCCUCUGGGGAUCUCUGUGCUGCGCUGCGUCCGCCUCCUGCGGAUCUUCAAGGUCACACGCCAUUGGACGGCUCUGUCCAAUCUGGUGGCGUCCCUACUGAACUCGAUGAAGUCCAUCGCCUCCCUGCUGCUCCUCCUCUUCCUCUUCCUCAUCAUCUUCGCUCUGCUCGGCAUGCAGCUGUUCGGAGGAAAGUUUAACUUUGACGAGACGCAGACCAAGCGCAGCACGUUUGACGCCUUCCCACAGGCGCUGCUCACCUGCUUCCAGAUCCUGACAGGCGAGGACUGGAACGUGGUCAUGUAUGACGGCAUCAUGGCGUACGGCGGGCCCGUGUUUCCAGGGAUGAUCGUCUGUGUUUACUUCGUCAUCCUCUUCAUCUGCGGCAACUACAUCCUGCUGAACGUCUUCUUGGCCAUCGCUGUGGACAACCUGGCCGGAGGAGACGGAGACGACAAGAAGAAAGAUAAGAAGAAAGAGGGAGGGGAGGAGGAGGAGGAGGUCGAAGACGAAGAAGUGAAGGUGGACAUCGAUGAAGACACCGAGUAUGAGGAGGAAGAGGAGCUUCCUGAAGGAGAAGACGACGCGGGGGUCCAGUUAAAGAUGGCCGACCUUGCUCCACCUAAGGAGAAGGUCCUUCCAAUCCCAGAAGGCAGUGCGUUCUUCUGCCUCAGCAACACAAACCCUAUCCGCAAGGCCUGUCACACUCUGAUCCAUCACCACAUCUUCACCAACCUCAUCCUCGUCUUCAUCAUCCUCAGCAGCUGCUCAUUGGCUGCUGAGGAUCCAAUCAGAGCCCACUCCUUCAGGAACAACAUUCUGGGUUAUGCAGACUACGCCUUCACCUCCAUCUUCACUGUAGAGAUCCUGUUUAAGAUGAUGGUCCACGGAGCGUUCCUCCACCAGGGCUCCUUCUGCAGGAACUGGUUCAACCUGUUGGAUCUACUGGUCGUCAGCGUCUCACUCGUCUCCUUCUUCCUUCACUCCAGUGCCAUCUCGGUGGUGAAGAUCCUCAGAGUCCUCAGGGUGCUGCGACCUCUGAGAGCCAUCAACAGAGCCAAAGGCCUCAAGCACGUGGUCCAGUGUGUGUUUGUGGCCAUCAAGACGAUCGGAAACAUCAUGAUCGUCACGACUCUGCUUCAGUUCAUGUUCGCCUGCAUCGGAGUUCAGCUGUUCAAGGGUAAAUUUUAUCGCUGUACGGACGAAGCCAAACACACACCUGAUCAGUGCAAAGGGACGUUUGUUGUGUAUAAGGACGGAGACGUGAAUCACCCGAUGGUCCGAGUGCGUCUGUGGCAGAACAGUGACUUCAACUUUGAUAACGUGUUAAUGGGGAUGAUGGCGCUCUUCACCGUCUCCACCUUCGAGGGCUGGCCAGCACUGCUGUACAAGGCCAUCGAUGCUAACGAGGAGAACUCUGGUCCCAUCUAUAACUACCGCGUGGAGAUCUCCAUCUUCUUCAUCGUCUACAUCAUCAUCAUCGCCUUCUUCAUGAUGAACAUCUUCGUAGGUUUCGUCAUCAUCACGUUCAGAGAGCAGGGAGAGCAGGAGUACAAGAACUGUGAGCUCGACAAGAACCAGCGUCAGUGUGUGGAAUACGCUCUGAAGGCUCAGCCGCUCAAACUCUACAUCCCCAAGAAUCCGGUCCAGUAUAAAUUUUGGUCGAUCAUCAACUCGACCGGGUUCGAGUACGUGAUGUUCGUCCUCAUCCUGCUCAACACCGUCACGCUGGCUGUUCAGCACUAUGAACAGUCCAAACGGUUCAGCCACAUCAUGGACAUCCUGAACAUGGUGUUCACUGGACUCUUCACUGCGGAGAUGCUGCUGAAGCUGCUCGCUCUCAGACUCAGGCAUUAUUUCAUAGACGCCUGGAACUCAUUCGAUGCUCUCAUCGUGGUCGGCAGCGUGGUCGACAUCGUGGUCACGGAGUUCAGUAGUGGAGAGGACAGCUCUCGUGUGUCCAUCACCUUCUUCAGGCUGUUUCGAGUCAUGCGAUUGGUCAAGCUGCUGAGUAAAGGGGAGGGGAUUCGUACGCUGCUCUGGACGUUCAUCAAAUCACUGCAGGCGCUGCCAUAUGUCGCUCUGCUCAUCGCCUUGAUCUUCUUCAUCUACGCAGUAGUUGGCAUGCAGACGUUUGGAAAGGUGGCGAUGCAGGACCUCACUCAGAUCAACAGGAACAACAACUUCCAGACGUUUCCUCAGGCGGUUCUCCUCCUCUUCAGGUGUGCGACAGGUGAGGCGUGGCAGGAGAUCAUGCUGGCGAGUCUUCCAGGGAAACGCUGUGACCCCGAGUCCGACUACGAACCAGGAGAAGAAUUCAGCUGCGGCAGCAACUUCGCCAUCGUGUACUUCAUCAGCUUCUUCAUGCUCUGUGCUUUCCUGAUUAUCAACCUUUUUGUCGCCGUCAUCAUGGACAAUUUUGACUAUCUGACACGUGAUUGGUCGAUUCUGGGACCUCACCAUCUGGACGAGUUUAAGAGGAUCUGGUCCGAGUACGACCCGGAGGCCAAAGGUCGAAUCAAACACCUGGACGUCGUGGCUCUGCUCAGGAGGAUCCAGCCUCCUCUGGGGUUUGGGAAGUUGUGUCCUCACAGAGUGGCCUGUAAGCGUCUGGUAGCGAUGAACAUGCCUCUGAACGCCGACGGGAUGGUGACCUUCAACGCCACGCUCUUCGCUCUGGUUCGCACGGCGCUCAAGAUCAAGACUGAAGGUAACCCUGAGCAGGAGAACGAGGAGCUGAGGGGGAUCAUCAGGAAGAUCUGGAAGAGAAUGAAACCAAAACUCCUGGACGAAGUGAUUCCCCCACACGAAGAUGAGGAAGUCACCGUUGGAAAGUUUUACGCCACGUUUCUGAUCCAGGAUUAUUUCAGGAAGUUCAGGAAGAGGAAGGAGAAAGGAGCUUUGACCGGAGAGCCUGACGCCUCCAACCCGUCUGCUAUACAGUUGUGUAAAGCCGGUCUGAAGACGCUCCAGGAUCUGGGUCCAGAGAUGCGUCUGGCUCUGAACGAUGACCUGGACGAGGAUGAGGAGGAGGACGUCAUGGUGGAGGAGGAGGAGCUGGAGGAGAACACUGCCUACAAGGGUGAAAACGGAUUUGGACCAGAGAGAGAUCGGCGAGGCUCCACCCUGGCCACGCCCACAGGUCCUGGCGGUGUUGUCGGGGACGGGGGGGUGUCUAAUGGGGGUCUGAUCCACCGGGUCGGUUCUCUCACUAAGACGCCAAACGGCAGCGACCACGACCAAAAUCUUCACCGUGGAGACAACAGGAGGUCAUCUGUCAAUCAUCAUCAUCAUCAGCGACGCCCAUCAGAGAAGAAUGGAAUCCUGGACCGCGCCCACAAGAGACCGUCCUACUACAAACAUGGAAGGAGGGACUCCCGGGACAGACACUGGAGGAACGGGGACACAGAGACGUACGGAGAGCAAGGUUACUACAGCCGAGACGAGGACAACGAGAGCAUCACUUCCAGAGACAGACAUUACCCUGACGAUCCUCGAAUGUACAGAGACCACUACGAUGGACACGCCCCCGACACCAACAGCUCUGGUAAUGGACACGGAGACGGCAGGAGGACGACACGGAGACGCCUACUUCCUGCUACACCUACAGGUCGGAAGCCGUCGUUUAACAUCCAGUGUCUGAGGCGGCAGGGCAGCAGUGAUGACCUGCCCAUCCCGGGGACCUACCACCCCACCUCACCGCCACGCCGCACACGCACACAGACUUUCAGCAAUUAUGACUCUCACCACUCUUCCGGCCGCCCCACGCCGGCCUCCUCGACGUCCUGGGCGAACCCGUGUCCUCGCCGUGGACGCCUCCUCUACGCUCCUCUCAUCCUGGUUGAGGAGGAGGGCAGUCCGUCCUGGGGGGGGGGAGGACCAGGGGGGGAAAGGACGAAGGGAGAAGCAGGAAGAGGUGAGGAAGCGGCUUUCACUGUGACAGGAGCAGAACCCAGACCGGUGUGGUACAGUGGCCCUGCAGGGACGUCAGCGCCGCCGCCGCCCCCGUACCGAGCCUACACCACGCUCCGGGUUCCCUCUCAGCUCGGAGCUCAGUUCACGGAGAAGCGAGGAUCGGCCGACAGUCUGGUUGAGGCGGUUCUGAUCUCGGAGGGUCUCGGUCUUUACGCUCGGGAUCCUAAGUUCGUGGCGUUUGCAAAGCGAGAGAUCGCGGAUGCGUGUCACAUGACGGUGGAUGAGAUGGAGUCCGCGGCCAGCGACCUGCUUGGCUCGGCGAGCCACAGUUUACUGAGCAACCCCCCCGCCACCGACCCGGCUGCUCUCUACAGCGACGAGGAGCCAAUCAGAACAGGGCGCGACGAGGACGAACUAGCUGACGAGAUGAACUGUGUGACAUCAUUUUAA